AUGGCAGGCCGCCCGCCGCCGCUCCUCCUCACCAAGCGCCUGACCUCCUUCCUCCACCUCAACCUCUCCGCCCAGAUCACCACCCUCCUGCUGCUCAACCCAGACGGCAAGCUCCUCGCCUACGCCUCGAACCCACCCAUACCCGUUGCCACCCUGCGCACCCACGGCACCGUCGCCGCCUCCCUCUACGCGAUCCAUAGCAGCGGCACCGACAGAGACACGAUCGAUGGCGCGCUGGGGCCGAACCGCACGGAUGGCGCAGGGGGCAGCGGCAGCAAUAAAAAUAGCAAGCGGCCGGAUAGGACAACAGGCCACCAGAGAGACGGCCCACUGGCGGUGACCAUACAGCUGGAGACGGGCAUUGUACUAGUCAUACGACGGCUGCGCUGCGGGAUGCUCUUCGUCUGCAUGGGCCCUCCCGACCCCCGAUUACAGGCACAGCCGAGCCAGCAGCAACAUUCACACGCGGCCCAUCUCGGCUCCCCCUCCGACGUCGCCAGCGUCCUUAGCGCCGCGACCGCCCAGACCAGCGCAAGUUCCGUCAUGUUCGGCGCCGGCACGGCAGGAGUGAUGGCCACUAGGAGACACGCCGAGGAGCUGGCGCGCUGGCUGGACGACAAGCUGGGCUCAUUGGAGCUGCCGGCCGAUGGACUGGGCGGGGCUGUGUGAAGCGUGGGUGCAUGUGGAGUACGACAAACGGAAGGUCAGAUGUUGAUUACUUUGACCUCGGGGAGGUAGUGAGCUCGACGCUCCUCUGUCUCACUGCCCACAGCGAACCGCGUCCUAUAUUGCUUGGCCCAGGGGGCUUUUUCGAGAAGGCUCUUGAUCCUCGCUGGGUGACGUUCCAUACGAGUCGACCCGUGAGUGGCGACGCAGGCACAGCACGCCGAACCGUGGUAUGGAGAGGAGGGUAAAAUGGGCAUGCAGCGUGCGAGCCCGAUAAUGUCGCGCUGUGCACAUCUAAAAUACCAUUUUCCUUACCGCUUUUCGCGUGGCAUACGGGAGUCAGCAACCGGCUGCGCCCAGGUUCCGCGCACGAGAAAGUGAUGAUAGAUACGCAGAUCUUGGUCUCAUAAUCAGAGGGAGCAGACAUGGAGUUUGUAACAUAAUAAUAUAUGCAGCUGACCACUGAACGGUUCUUUACAGAGCUGGCAAAGUGUCCAGCCGUUUUACUUGUAUUAACAAAUCAAGCAAAAGUAUUCAUGACCC